CGACUUGAUAUCUCCUUCGAGAGUCGUGUUCUGUUCCUCGUCUUUGCUCUCGAACUACCCUACAAACCUGUGACCUGAUCGUCUUUACAACGAUCACUGUAUCGGGCAUACCACGCUCACGUCUGUGACAUCAGUCUCCAAUCAACCGUUGCAAUGUCCCGCUUUGUACGACCGUCGAAAUACCGUCAUGUGUUCGGACAGCCCGGCAAGAAAGAGUACGGUAUCGACAACGUGAAGGUAUCUGGGAGCGCGUGGGACACCAACUUGAUAUCUGCCUCGGGGCAAUACAUCAGUGUGAACUGGAACUCGUCCGGCGGAGGCGCCUUUGCCAUCCUUCCUCUCCCUUCCCCAUUCACGCCGAUCCCCGGCUUUCCGGUCAAGCUUCCUGACAUCGUUCCGCUGGCGCGCAGUCACAGUGCGACCGUCCUAGACACGGACUGGUCGCCGCAUAACGACUCCAUCGUCGCGUCUGGAGGAGAGGACGGGAAAGUCUGCGUGUGGAAGGUCGAAUCGGGGACGUUCGAAGGCUGGGGUCAAGAAGGAUGGGUGCCGCAAGACUUCGAUCCGGUCGCUCGCAUUGAAGCAUCCCCGCGCAAGAUUGGCCAGGUUCUCUUCCACCCCACUGCAUCCCACGUGCUUGCGAGCGCGUCGGGUGAGCAUACGGUCAAGCUAUGGGACUUGGGUAACCCCGAAAGCCCGAAGAGCGUCCUCGGUGGUCAUAACGAUGCCAUCCAAUCCAUGACGUUCAACGCUGUCGGCACGUUGCUCGCCACCACUUGUCGCGAUCGCAAAAUCAGGCUCUUCGACCCUCGAGUCGGCGGAGAAGCAGUCAGGAUCGCUGAUGGUCACGGAGGGGUCAAAGGUGCUCGGGUGACAUGGCUGGGCGAUAACGACCGCAUUGCGACCACGGGUUUCAGCAAGAUGAGCGAUAGGCAGCUGUCACUGUGGGAGACUGGAGGGCUUGGUAACAUCAAGGCUAUUACCAUCGACCAGUCGGCCGGAGUUAUCAUGCCUUUCUGGAGCGAUAACGGGAUCAUAUUCCUAGCUGGCAAGGGUGACGGAAACAUACGAUACUACGAAUACGAGUCGGACUCGCUUCACGCGUUGGCUGAGCACAAGUCAUCCGAGCCCCAACGCGGCAUGUGCUUCUUACCCAGGCGCGCGCUCAACGUCCAGGAAUGCGAAAUAGCGCGUGCUUACAAAGUCGUCGGGUCGUACAUCGAGCCGAUCGCCUUCAUCGUCCCACGCAAGGCUGAUUCGUUCCAAUCGGACAUCUUCCCGCCAGCUCCUUCGAGCGAACCGUCUCUCACGGCGGGAGAAUUCUUCUCCGGGAAGACGCCCGCGCUGAAGCUGGUCAGCCUGGAUACUGGUGUCGUCUCGACCACCGCAUCGUCUGCGGGCUCCGUUCCCGCCCCAGCACCGACCAAGACCGCAUCUGCUCCCGAACCCGCUCCCGCGCCGGCGCCUCAGCCUCAGCCACCCGUCGCACGAAAGUCGGAACCGGAGGUUACUUUCAUCACGCCGUCCGCCCCUAGUCCCUCCACACCCGCGGUGGCAUCACCUAUGGCGCACAAAUCGGUGCCAGCCGAGUCGAGCGGAGGCGCGAGCACGGCAGAGAUCAAAGCGCUUAAAGAAGAGAAUGCGGCGCUUCACAGCGAACUGCGAGAAGCGAGGGAAAAGAUCCGCAACCUCGAACUUCAGGUCGAGGGCAUCCGAGCCAAUGCUCGGAAAGCCGCUGAAGCGCUUCUGCAAGGAUGAUGACGCUAGACCCCACCCGGGACGAUCGAUCACCCGAAAACGGCUCCUUGCGGUGUGGAUCAAAUAUUUGCGCCUGGUAUUGUUCGGGGAUAGAGCCGGGAUCUUCAUGAGCCUGUGGCAAAGUGGACGAUGAUAGCGCAGAAACGCCCUGUAUACUGGAUGUAGGAUGGAAUCGCGCAACCGAGAGAUGC